AUGAUUGUGAAUAAAUUUUUGGAUUUAAGAAUAAGAACAGAUCUACCUUCUGAAACCAUGGAUACUAUCCAAAACAACCAUUUCUUAAAGAUUUCAUCAUCAGAAAAAGAACCUAUAAAACUAAAAUUCGGAAUAGAUCAACUUCUCUCCAAUGAAACCCUUCCAAAAGAUAAUCUUCCUAAAGGAAUUACAAAGCCAACUCCGACAAUCGCAAUUCCAUGUUCUGACUGCGUGUCCUCCAUUUAUCGAUGUUGUAAAGUAGGUUCUUCAGGUUGUUCGCAGAUCAGUGAUAUUCCGGAGUAUUUAGCGGGACACAUCUUUGGAACAAGCAGUGCAACAGGCGGUUUAUACCAUGCAACCGAUUAG